AUGUCAUCCAAAGAUUCUGCUAUUGAGGACGCUCUACAAGACGCCAUCAAAACUGCAGUUGAGUCUGGAAUGGAUCCGGGCAAGAUACAAAGUAUUACUACGCUUGGGACAACUUCUGCAGCGGCGGGUGUUUUCAAAAAUGCUUCUGAGAAGGCAAUCGAGUAUGGGCUGAAACCGGAAGAGCUUGUCCGCAUUGCUUCUGAAGUGGCAUCUAAGUACCAAAACCAACCUUCGAAUCAGAUUGUUUACACCAAAGGGUCGGCAUCAAAGAUGUUCAAAAUGCGACUGGCAACAAAGAAGACCACCCAGGAGCCUGCUCAAAAGAAGGCAAGAGUAGACACUCGCAGGUCAGAUUCUAGCGAUUGCGAGUUGAGGCUUUUCGAUGACACCGAAGACGACUAGUCUCCUCUAUGGAGAAGAUGCCGUCACCGAUAUGCACAAGGCAAAUGGAUGCAGAAUUCAGAAGGGCUAGGCCAUUGAGUGAAGUCGUCGUGACUUAAGAAGCGAAAUAUCGAGUCAAAUUCGAGAUCUCAAAAUUAGGCAGGCAUAUUAUAGAUAGGAG